GGACUUUAUACUCUUUAUACUUUUUGUUGUCUUUUUAUUACUUUUUUUUUCAAACUUAGAUCUUAUUUGUGUUGCUUCGUCUCCUUUUGCAUCUGAUCUUUGUCUUACUUCUUGUUUACAUUUUGUACAUUUUUGGUCAUUUCUUGUCUUUCUGCUUCUUUCUAAUUGUCUUUUUCGUUUUACUUUUAGAGUGUUUUUUUUACUUUUGUUUUGUCUGCUUACUUCCUGCGUCUCAUUUCCUCUCACAGUUUUUUUGUUCCGUAUUUACUCUUUUUUUUAUCAUUUCCUGCUUGAUUCUUGUCUUUUCCUCUCCACUUUUUGUUAGAUUUUCUCUACAAUCUAGACAAGUACGUGUGUCGUUUUUUGUCUUUCUGCUUAUUUCUAAUCUUCUUUGACAUUUUUCUUGCUUUUGUCUUGUUUUUGUUGUUAACCUCUUGCAUAUUUCUUGUACUCUUUGCAUAUCUAUUGUGCUGAUUUUUAUAAUUUUCUGCUUGUUUUGAGUCUUUAUUUUACCCUUUUCUCUUAAUGUUUGCCUAAUUUUUAUUGCUCCUUUGCAUCUUGCGUAUAAUUUUUGUUUGAGUUUUGUUCAUUUUGUGUAAUUUCUUGUCUUACUGCUUGUUUCUAAUUGUCUUUUUCUUCUUAAUUUUUCUCAUUUAUAACCUCCGUUUCAUUUCUUCUCACUGUUUUCUUCGGUGUUUGAACCAUUUUUUGUCAUUUCCCUUUUUCUCCCAGCUUUUAUCCCAAUUUGUCACACUUAUUGUGUAAAAUCUCAAAUCUGGACAAAUAUGUCCUUCCUUCCAUUUCUUGUCUUUCUGCUCAUUUCUUAUCCUCUUUUUCGUUAGUUUUUUGUGUUGUUUCUUGUCUUUUUUGCCAUUCUCUCUUUUUUUGCCUCAUUUUGCCUCACUUUCCCCCCCCCAUUUUUUGGUCAGUUUUGACUUGAAACCAUGAGAAAUUCUAAAAGUCAGAACCGCAGGUUGAAGAUGCGGCUACCGGUGCUGCACUCCAAGCGGCGUCCAUCGCUGUCCAAAGAUCAGUUUGAGGGGGUGGUUGUGGACUACCUGCAGCCCAAUAGUGAAGAUGUCCCCCUGAAGGAGUUCCGCAUCCCGUCCAAGGAGAGCUGCAUGCAGUCAGAGACGGAGGCCCUCAUAGAACAGGACCUGGACCCCCCGACCCCGACCGCCCAGCCCUCUGCCAAGCGGCGUUCCUUGCUAACUGAGCGGCUGGACCCAGGUGUCCCCUUCCCCAUCGGGAUCUUGCCCCGGAGUUGUUCCCGGGACAGCGUGCAAAGCCUGAGACGCGCCUCCUCGCUGGACGACAUCGACGGGAUGAAGGCGGACUGGAAGACUCGGCCAGGAGAAGUCCAGAAUAACACCAAUCUUAAGCCAAGCGUGCUCAGCUCCACGUCCGACUCGGACCUGAUGAGGCACAGAACCAUCAGGACCAUCCCCCAGUUGACCCUCACCUUCGGCUCGGACCGCGUGAGACCGCCCUCGCCCACUGAGAUCGAAAUCAUCGCCCCCAGCAAGGUCAAAGAUCGAACCCAGAAUGUCACCGAGAAGGUCACCCAGGUCACACAGGUGUUGUCCCUGGGCGCCGACGUGCUUCCCGAGUACAAGCUCCAGACGCCGCGCAUCCACAGGUGGACCGUCCUCCACUACAGCCCCUUCAAGGCGGUGUGGGACUGGGUCAUCUUGCUGCUGGUCAUCUACACGGCCAUCUUCACGCCCUACUCGGCCGCCUUCCUGCUCAACGAGGUGGAGGAGGACCGCAGGAGGACGUGCGGCUACACCUGCAACCCUCUGAACGUGGUGGACCUGGUGGUGGACGUCAUGUUCAUCGUGGACAUCCUCAUCAACUUCCGGACCACCUACGUCAACCACAACGACGAGGUGGUCAGCCACCCUGGCCGUAUCGCCCAGCAUUACUUCAAGGGAUGGUUCCUUAUCGACAUCGUGGCCGCCAUCCCCUUCGACCUGCUCAUCUUUCGCUCUGGCUCUGAGGAGCCCCAGACGACCACUCUGAUCGGCCUGCUAAAAACGGCGCGGCUGCUGAGGUUGGUGCGCGUGGCUCGCAAGCUGGACCGCUACUCGGAGUACGGCGCCGCCGUCCUCUUCCUCCUCAUGUGCACCUUCGCCCUCAUUGCUCAUUGGCUGGCGUGCAUCUGGUACGCCAUCGGCAACGUGGAGCGCACCAGCUCGGCCCGCAUGGGCGCCUUGAAGAUCGGCUGGCUGGACAACCUGGCCGAGCAGAUCGGCAAACAGUACAACGACAGCGACGUGGCGUCGGGGCCGUCCAACAAGGACAAGUACGUCACAGCGCUCUACUUCACCUUCAGCAGUCUCACCAGCGUCGGCUUUGGCAACGUGUCGCCCAACACCAACCCCGAGAAGAUCUUCUCCAUCUGUGUCAUGCUCAUCGGCUCUCUGAUGUACGCCAGCAUCUUCGGCAACGUGUCGGCCAUCAUCCAGAGACUCUACUCGGGUACGGCCCGCUACCACACCCAGAUGCUGCGGGUCAAAGAGUUCAUCCGCUUCCACCAGAUUCCAGGAGGCCUGAGGCAGAGGCUGGAGGAGUACUUCCAACACGCCUGGUCUUACACCAACGGCAUCGACAUGAACGCUGUGAGUGAGGACGUCCGACUGGGAACACGAAUGAAUGGCGGACACUCCCUCACUGUUACAAUCUCCUGUGUUUGCAUUCAGGUGUUGAAAGGUUUCCCUGAGUGUCUGCAGGCCGACAUUUGCCUCCACUUGAACCGCAGCCUCCUGCAGCAAUGCAAAGCCUUUCGUGGCGCCAACAAAGGAUGCCUGCGCGCUUUAGCCGUGCGCUUCAAGACCACACACGCUCCACCUGGCGACACCCUGGUCCACAGCGGGGACAUUCUCACCGCCCUCUACUUCAUCUCCAGAGGCUCCAUUGAAAUCCUGCGGGACGACGUGGUGGUAGCCAUACUGGGAAAGAACGACAUCUUCGGCGAGUCCCUCAGCCUGUACGGGAGGCCCGGGAAAUCCAGCGCUGACGUGCGGGCGCUGACCUACUGCGAUCUUCACAAGAUCUUCAAGGACGACCUGCUGGAGGUUCUGGAUAUGUAUCCUGACUUUGCUGACACCUUCUGGAACAACCUGGAGGUUACCUUUAACCUGACAGAUGCAGAUCGAGUAAACCAGUCAACCCCGAGCAAGGACUCUGACUAUGGCUGUAGGACGACGAGACACCGCCGAGGCUCCCCGCGACGUCGCAACAGACCCGACGGCAUGGACCGAGAGGACCCGUACCCGGACCAGGCGUGUCCCAUGGCCAACCAUCACCGAGGCUCCAUGGCGGGACCGCGCUGGGACGAGCGGUGCAGCAGCGACAGUUUCUCUUCCGAGUCCAGCGACGAGGAGAUGAAACGGGUGAGACGCAGCAAGGGGGAGCUGUACCCCGCCUCUGGAGACGCCAGAGACUACCCCUCGGCGGUCAUCAACCGCCUGCCUCACAGCAGACCCUCAGCGGGCAUGGGCAAGCCCGUAGACCUUGGAGGUCCACCGUACUCAGCAGCAGUCCCUGUCAGUAUGUCAGGACUCUACGGAUACUGGCCGGACCGCAGAGCCAGUCAGUUCUCAGACACCCAAAGGCGCUCAUCGUCAGCCAGAAACACUUUCCAUCCUCCUCCUUGUGCUGAGGACCGGCCAAGUGAGCUGCAAUCCAGACUGGAGCUUCUACAGUCGCAGUUAAAUAGGCUGGAGAGCAGAAUGACAGCAGACAUCACCGUCAUCCUGCAGCUGCUCCAAAGGCAGAUGGCGCCCGUUCCCCCCGCCUACAGCGCCGUGUCACCCGGCCCUCAUCCACCUCCUCAUCCACCUCACCCUACCACCUUGUACGGCGGCGGCCCGCAGGCCAUCCACACCGUUCCUGCAAUGCCGCCGGUCCAGAUGGACAGCACCGCCUCGCUGCUAGAGAGUCCAGUGUCGGACUUCAAGCACAAGUCCAAGGACUCGCUGUCCAGCGGGAUCCACGUUACGGUGGCCUCUGACGACACCAUGUCAAUGUCCCCCGAGGCGGAGCCUCCACGUCUGCCUUCAGUGGACCUCACGCCUCCUCAGCUGGAGCCUAAACCACUGCUGUGUGGCAGCCAGCGCUUCCCCUCCCUGCCUGAGCACCUGGAGACGUCCUCGCAGGUGCAGGAGAUCCAGAGGCACGUCUCGGACCCUGUCCUGCCCGGCAGCUAGAACACCACCAGCAGGAGGUCUGGACUGUUGGACUUGUUCCUCACUCUUCCUCCUCAUCCUCCUCCUCAUCUUCCUGUCAAGGAGCAUCCAGGCAGCACUGAAAACACAAACGUAUAUAUGUAAACAAAGAAAAAAGUCACAAGAUAUAUUUUCAAAAUGAAGUCAUAAUUACCAGGAUAAACUUCAAUUAUUACAAGAUAAAUAUUAGCAAAAAAUAAUAUAUUUUUGCCUGAAAAAGAUAAAAAAUAUUUUGAGGAUAAAGGUCAUCAUUUUAGGCAUAAAAGUUGUAAUAUAUGAAAUGAAGUUGUCAAAAAAAAAAAAAAAAAAUAGUUUGCAAUUUUUGAAAGAAAGUAAAAAACAGACAUAAUAUUUAGAAACACAUAUCCAGCAAUACAACAUAAAUAUUAACAGAAAAAAAAUAUUUAUAUGAAAAAGGCAAAAAAAAUAUUUUGAGGAUAAUGGUCAUCAUUUUAGGCAAAAAAAAAAAGUUAUAUCCCGAAAUUAAUUUGUCAGGAAAAAAAGUUUGGAGAAAUAUUUAAAUACAUUUGAAAGAAAGUACAAAACCAGUCAUAAUUUUACCCAAAAAAAACAUCUCCAGCAGUUGAGAUAUUGCAAGUUGUAUAAUACUUUUUUAUGCAAAAAAAGGUAAUUGUAGGUUGAAAGGAUUACAAAGAUUACAUUUUCCUGAAUAAUAUUGUAAUAUUACAAGAUAAAUGUAAGCAUAAAAAAUAUUUUAACAUGAAAAAUGUACAAAUGUUUUAAGGAUAAAGGUCAUUAUUUUAGGCAACGAGUUUAAAUAUUACGAAAUAAAGUUGUCCAAAAAAAAAAGUUUUGAGAAAUAUUUAAAUACAUUUGAAAGAAAGUACAAAACCAGUCAUAAUUUUACCAAAAAAAACCAUCUCCAGCAGUUGAGAUAUUGCAAGUUGUAUAAUACUUUUUUAUGCAAAAAAAGGUAAUUGUAGGUUGAAAGGAUUACAAAGAUUACAUUUUCCUGAAUAAUAUUGUAAUAUUACAAGAUAAAUGUAAGCAUAAAAAAUAUUUUAACAUGAAAAAUGUACAAAUGUUUUAAGGAUAAAGGUCAUUAUUUUAGGCAACGAGUUUAAAUAUUACGAAAUAAAGUUGUCCAAAAAAAAAAGUUUUGAGAAAUACAUUGCAAUUUUUGAAAGAAAGUACAAGAACAGUCAUAAUUUAAAAAAAAAAAUACAUCUCCAGGAAGUUGAGGUAUUGCAAGAUAAAGUUGUUUUUAAUGCAAAAUAAGUAAGAAAUUGUAGGUGAAAAGAUUAAGUUUACCUGAAUAUGUUGAAAUAUUGCAAGAUAAAGUUUUAAUUCUUAAAUAAAUACAUUUAAAGGAUACAAGGUUCAAGUCAAUGUUUUUCUUCUAACUUGAUCCAUAAUAUUUUCCUAUUUUCCUUUUCAAUGCUGCUUGGCCUUUUUCCCCAACUUCCCUCUUAAGGACUCAGCAGCGCCAUCUGUGGCCGUUCUGCGCCACUGUCCCUCCUUUGACUAAGCGACACAGCAGUGACCCCGCGUGGCCGCUGUGCGCUAUUGUCCCUCCGCUUACCAAAUGUUGCACCAAAAGAGAUUAUUUUAAAGAAGACAUUAUUUUCAAGAAAAGAUUAUUCUAAAGGAGAAAUGCUUUCCGGAUGUGAGAGAUGACGGAAAAGACACAUUUUUUGCACAUUUAAACGUCAAAUAUAGAGAAAUGUAAUCUUUGUAGAGAAAAGUCACUUGUAGCCUAAAAAUUGUAAGGAGUGUGAAAAGUGUGAAUUUGCUGUUUUGGUGGAACACUGGAAAAGAUUCAUCAAUUUCAUCUCAUCUUUCUGACCUCUUUCUCUACUUCACGUUUGAAUCAUAUUUCCAUGGUGGCACUUUUCUGGCUCUUAUGUGUUCUGUUUUCAUGAAGUGAUGUUUGCCAAAACUUAUUUUGACUCACAGACUGUCGAGGCUGUGGAACAACGCGUGGCAGCGAUGGUCAAGUCUGUUCAUCGAUAGAAGGAGAGAUGCUGCGUCCUUUCUAAUAACUUUUUAAAUACAUUUGUAAUCCCGUGUCAAGCACAAAAACUCCAUCUGUUCGUUUUUUGUUUGUUUUUUUAGAUUAAAGACAUAGACUUCAACUAGACUGCCUUUAUUUUGAUAAUAAUAACCAUAAAAACAUCAGUCAGAAUAGAACAAGGUUGUCAAACUCAUUUUGUUUGAGGGCCACAAUGCAGUUAUGGCUGCCUUCAGAGGGCCGCUUGUAACAGUGAAAACAUUUAUUAUUAUUACACAAUUGCCUCAUAUUAUUUUUAUAACUGUCAUAUUACUACGCAAUUGCCUUUGCAUUUGAUUAUUAGAUUUUUGUAUAUACAA